UAUAAUAUGAAUGGAAGAACGCCGCUGUAUGGACCAUAGGAGUUGGUACGACGACGAGUCAAAGAGAAACGAUAGGAAGAGGUAAACGAAGACCCUGAAUAACUUUCUUUGCCUCCAAACUCUGCCGUGCUGCCAUAAAAACGCCCACUGAAGGAAAUAUUUAAAGGGAUUUCCAGAACAUCAAAAUGAAAAGAGCUUAUACGUUAAUAACCCUAAUAGCGGCGCUGUCAUUUUCCUGCCUGUCUGUUGCAAGUGAUCACUUUGUUGACAAGAGCCUGCCCUCUUGUCGGGCUAAGGGUGUUUGUGGCUACGUCCAGGUCAAUCCGUAUGGAGUAAGCUCAGAACAGUUCUGUCGUUGCCCCCAGGGAUCGUGCCCUCUUACCACUGAUCUGUUCGAUGGAAAGACAGUGCCUCAUGGAUACGACCAGUACAAGUUUUGUGACAGACAACCCCAACUUCAUGUCUGUCAAGACGAUGAAGCAGUUUACAGUUAUAAAAAGAAGUCUUUCGUCUACAAAGAUACAUUCGAUGUUGACGUACGAAUUCGCUGCUUGUGCCCAUCGGAUCAUGUCUUUGUAAAGAACGACACCAAGUUCUUCUACGGAGAAAAUACUUCCUUCCUUUGGAUUCAGUAUAAUUGCCGAGCGCCAAAUAUCUGCAACCCUAGUGACACCUGCCGAACAGUCACCGAAUCUUACGAUAAGAUUUUGCAUCGUAAGAAGAAUUUAGUCUCAAGGCAAUGCGUCUGUCCGGAAGAAAUGUACUGCCCUCAUCAUUUAGAACUUGCUUUUGAGAGAGUGGACUUCGGUAAGGGCGGCUUCUACCAAAUGAGAUGCAUGCAGGACAACUGACCAUCCCAUGACCGACCAACGUUUUUAUUAAGUAGUCAAAGCUUUCCUCCUGCAUAGUUUAGUGUUUCAAAAAUUGUAACAUGGACCAAACUGAUUUUCUAAACUGAUCUCUAAAUCAUACUUUACUUAAUAUUUGAAAUAUCAGUUUGUCAAUUGUUCUUCAAAUAUGUAUCGUUGGAAAAUGUCCUAAUGAGUAUGUUAUCGCGAAGUUUAAUAACACCACCCAUAACCGUUUGUUUUUGUUGUUGUUGUUGGUUUUUAUGUCACCAUCCGAAUGUUUUGGAACAAAUGAUUAACAUACUCUGUAAACUUUUCUUCAUUUGACAAUGAAUAGUUAUGAAUAAAAUAGUUUGAACUCAGC